AUGCCUGAUCUCAACUCAGUGCCCGUCUCGCCGAGGGGCCCGACGUCGAACCCUACGCCGGGAGCCGCGCAAGCUGCGAGCUCUGCUACUUCGGCGCAGGCUUCGCGGCAGUCGUCCGCAACAGCCUCGCGGCGUGCUUCGCAGAUAUACCCCAUGAGUCCUCCACCAUUACCACUCGCCUCACCGGGUGGCACUAUUCCCGUGGCGACCACCCAUCAUGCACAUGCCGCGCCUCUGAGCCCAGGCUUCGCGGGCAAUAUCCCCAGCUUCGACGCAGCUGGCGUACCCAUCCGCCACCCACGCCCACUCACGGCGGCUGAGCUACACCUCGAGCUGGAAAAGGAACAAGAAGCUGUCGUAAACCGCCUAACUCGUGAGCUCUCGGCUCUACGCGCCCACUCCGCAUCAGUAGCCUCCACGGCGUCAAGUGUCACUUCAGGUGUGCAUGUCGACCACGAUAUAGUCGGAGCUACGCACCCCACCUCCGCGCGCCGUCACCGCAGCUCUUCAAGUGUCUCACGCACCAGCACAGGCGUUCCCUACGGCAUUCCACUUAAUCCUGCUACAGCUUCCAUCCCGCACCACCGCUACUCUGUGUCCUCACAACCCGCCACGAGCGACCCUUCAGCUGCCCAGCAGGCAAGGAGCGCAAGCGUAGUCAGCACACCGCGAUACGAGGAAGUCGCACACUACAGACAAGAGCUCGAGGAGGCAAAGCGCGAGAACGAGGUGUUGAAGAGGAGAAUCCGCGAGCUGGAGAGGGUACUCCGGGGUGGAGAUGCAGCGGACACACAGAGGGGCAGGACUGGCGCACCGUCGUCUGCGUUGACCGGCUCUGGAGCCACGGCGACGAGCGCGACCUCUGACGCCGCUGCGUAG